AUGGUGAUGAUGACUCACUUGAGUACAGAGGACCCAGACGACGGCUCUCCACUGCUGCCUGAGGCUGUGGAGGCUGCAACUCCAAUGCCUCUCUUUCACAGACAGCAAGCGGUCACAAAGACUGACUCCAGGGAUUUUUUCCUCAGCAGGAGUGAGAACCUUGCCUUAAGUCUGUUUCUGCUGAUCGGAUGCUACUCGGCUAUUCUGGUUCCUGCGUAUUUCCCCUCGGACAGGGUGUCACCCCUCAGCAACAACUACCAACAGCCCAAAGAUCUGGUCUUACUAAAUCUCUCAGCCUCUGUGCUGUCAGGCCCAUGUCAGCCUCGCUGGUGUCUGGACCACCUCAAGCCCCUUGCCUGUUCUGCAGGCCUCCUGGACAUCCCUGUCUUUGUGCAGCAGGAGAGGCCCUGGGAUCUGUCCCCUCCUCUGGGGCUCCAGGGCACUGAAGAGCAUCUGGCCCUGGCUCUUGCCUCCCUGCCUCAGCCCGGCCUGCCUCCAUCACUGAGGCGAGAAGGGAGCUGCAGGCGAUGUGUUGUGGUGGGCAACGGAGGGGUCCUUCAUGGGAGUCAUCUCGGAUCCCACAUAGAUCAGUAUGACAUCAUAAUUAGGAUGAAUAAUGCUCCGGUGCCUGGCUUUGAGAGAGACGCUGGUUCCCGCACCACCAUCCGCCUGAUGUACCCAGAGGCAGCACCUCACUCCGCAAACGAGUACAAAAAUACCACCAUGGUUGCUCUGGUGGUCUUUAAAAGCCUGGACCUUGACUGGCUCACGUCUGUCGUCACCAAACAGCCUCUGAGCUUCUGGUCCAAACUAUGGUUCUGGAGGGAGGUGGUGGAGGAUAUUCCCCUGAGCCCAGAGAACUUCAGGAUCCUCCACCCAGAAAUAAUUCAGAAGACAGGACGAGUCAUACAGGAAUAUACUCUGAAACAGGGAACUAUGGUGCCGACGCUAGGCGCCAGUGCGGUGGUGAUGGCUUUGCAGCUGUGUGACCAGGUGAGCCUCGCAGGUUUUGGGUACGAUAUGAAGCAACCGCAGACCAGGCUUCACUACUAUGAGAGCAUACGCAUGGGCGCAAUGAAGGGUCAAGUGGUGCAUGACAUCAGCGCUGAGAAACUUUUCUUGAGGGACCUGGUGGUUUCAGGAACAGUGGCUGACCUCACGGGAGCGAUCUGAGUCAGCAGUGCAGAGACUGAUGAUGUAGUGAACUCUGCAUACACUCCUCUCUCUCUCUCACUGUGAAUCCGUAUGGAACAAUCCUACAUGGACAGAUCUUUAAAAUACUCACAGUCUCCAGGGUUGACUGAUGAGUGAGCAAAUUAAACUCUCCAGAUUAGAGAAGCUAACCUGAUUCUCACUUAUAUUCAAAGUCAAGUAAAUCCUGUGAAUGAAUAAUUGUGCCAUCACAUCUAGGAACACACUCAGUGAUUGGGUUGGGUUUUGUACAAUGAAUGCAAUGAUCAAUGAGUCAAGCAGUGCAAUUUCAAUGAUGUUAAUAAUGGCCCAAUAAACAAGCAAAUGUGACACUCCUGAUAUUAAUGUCUCAAAAAAAUAUAUAUUUUACAUCUCUAUAUUAGGAGA